GUGGAGGAAGAGGAGAGAGGAAGGCGCUUUCUUACCCGUGAUGCUGUGAGCCCGAGAGCGCGAGCGCAGCAGAAGCCAACGCGAUUAAAGCGGCUGCGGGAGGAGAUGCAUGCGCGUGCGUGUAGCCUGCGGGACGGUGAGAGGCGCGUGAAGAUGGUCUGAGUUCGGCAUCCAGCGACCGCUCGCUCACUCCCGCCGCUUCUGCUUUUAUCCGGAUUUGCUUUCUUUCCUUUUCCCCCUUUUUUUCCCUCCCUUGGAAAAAAAAAACACACCCUAUGAUUUAUUUACAACCUUCUUCCACAUCCCACACAUGCUUGUUUUUAGUUUUUCUUUAAAUGCGUUUUCAUUUUUUUCCUUUCCGCCCCCACCCGGUUUGGUUUUUAUUUCAAUGACACGCAGGAGUGCGUCUUUUUGCCUCUUGGUGUUGUUUCCGAGUUUUCUUUCCCCUUCUUCGUUUUCCCACUCGAAGCGCGUGGCGCAGAGCCGUUUUUGCCCGUAAACGGCCCAGACACGGACUCAGACCCGGAUUCAGACCCGGACCAGGACUCGGACUGGGACUCAGACUCCGCGUCGCAAGCCUCGCAGGACAAACCAGGGACCGGAAUCGGGGAAGCGCACGACGCUCGUGCCCGGCGCGCGAGAGCGCGAAGCUUGCACACGCCGAGUCACUGAGAACCGGACCGAAUCUCACCUUUCCGCCGGCCUAGAGAGGUGGCAACAAACAAACAAACAAACAAACAAGCAAGCAAGCAAAUACAAGCAACAGUGGACAAAGUGCGCGGAGUGCGACGAGGAAGCAUAGCUUGGGGAUUGAACGGAGCGGGGCAUGUGGAUAUUUGCAUUUCUCUUUCUCCAGAGCAUCUCAAAUGUUUUUGGUGAAGAUCUACAUUCCAGCUUAUAUUUUGUCAAUGCAUCUCUGCAAGAGGUAGUGUUCUCCAGCACUACAGGGGCACUGGUGCCGUGUCCGGCAGCGGCCGUGCCCCCCGCUACGCUACGCUGGUACCUGGCCACUGGGGAGGAGAUCUACGAUGUGCCAGGCAUCCGACACGUGCACCCGAAUGGCACACUGCAAAUCUACGGCUUCCUCCCCUCCAGCUUUAGUAACCUAAUCAAUGACAACACCUACUAUUGCACAGCAGAGAAUCCGUCAGGGAAGAUCAGGAGCCAAGACUUGCACAUCAAGGCUGUAUUUCGGGAACCGUACACGGUCCGUGUGGCGGACCAAAGAGUCAUGAGAGGCAAUACAGCGGUCUUCAAGUGCAUUAUCCCAGCCUCGGUAGAGGAGUACAUCACUGUUGUAUCAUGGGAGAAAGACACUGUCUCACUUGUCUCAGGAUCAAGAUUUCUUGUUACAUCCACAGGGGCCUUGUAUAUUCUGGACGUGCAGUCAGAAGAUGCGGUGAACAUCUACCGCUGCACCACGCGGCAUCGCUACACCGGAGAGACCCGACAAAGUAACAGCGCCAGAUUACUUUUAUCAGAACCUGUAGAUUCAGCUCCAGUUAUUCUGGAUGGCUUUGAGAGGAAGGAGGUCAUGGUCGGCCAUCGGGUCGAACUGCCCUGUAAGGCAUCUGGUCAUCCUCCGCCUCGCUACCGCUGGCUCAAGGACAACAGCCCUCUGGAGUCAGACAGUCGCUACCACCAGAGUGUCUCAGGCCUCCUGAUUGAGGCCACCCGACCCAGUGAUGGAGGCAACUAUGUGUGUGAAGUCUGGAACAGCUUUGGCAAUGCCAAGGUGGUGGGACGGUUGGUGGUGAAACAGCCCCUGAAAGCAGUGGUGAGUCCUCGUAAGGUGAGAGGCAGUGUGGGCAGUCAGGUGUCUCUGUUCUGCAGUGUCACUGGCUCUGAUGAAUAUGAAAUCACCUGGUACAGAAAUGGAGAGAGGAUCCAGCCAGGGCCCAAUGUCCGCAUCACUGGCCUCAGCCAUGAGAACCUGGUGAUGGAGGGCAUGGCCAAGAGCGAUGGAGGAGCCUACCAGUGUUUUGCACGCAAUGGCAAGAUGUCGACCCAGGAUUUUGUGCAGGUCAUUCUGGAGGAUGGCACUCCAAAGAUCCUGUCGGCCUUCAGCGAAAAGGUGGUGAGCCCCAAUGAGCCGAUCUCCCUGGUGUGUCACGUCAAAGGCACCCCACUCCCCACCGUGACAUGGACACUGGAUGAUGAGCCGGUCAUCAAGGACAGCCACCACCGCAUGGAUCGAUUUGUCACAGUCGAGGGCCACGUGCUCAGCUAUCUGAAUGUCUCACAUACACAGGUCACCGACGGCGGCGUCUACCGUUGCACCUGCAACAACUCUGCCGGAUCGGUCUCCUACCAGGCGCGAAUAAACGUAAGAGGUCCUGCCAGUAUCCGCCCAAUGAAAAACCUUACUGCCAUCGCGGGGCGUGACAUGUUCAUUCACUGCCGCAUCAUUGGCUACCCCUACUACUCCAUCAAGUGGUACAAAGAUUCCAACUUACUCCCGUUUAACCAUCGCCAGCGUGCCUUUGAGAACAACGGCACACUGAAGCUGUCUAAUGUGCAGAACUCGGAUGAGGGCGAGUACACGUGUUACGUUCUGGUGGAUCCUGAGAAGCAGAUCCAUAGGAGUGUCCAUGUUACUGUAAAAGUUCCACCUUUGAUCCAGCACUCAGACUCCCAAAGUGCCUCCAUAGGUCAGAGAGUCUUCAUCCCCUGUGUGGUGACCUCCGGCGACCUGCCCAUGUCCAUUACUUGGCACAAAGACGGCAAGCCGAUCAAUGCCAGCUUAGGAGUCACUAUCGACAAUAUCGACUUCACCAGCUCACUACGCAUCUCCAACCUGUCAGAGAUCCACAACGGGAGCUAUACCUGUAUCGCCCGCAAUGAGGCAGCUGCUGUGGAGCACAGCAUUCAGCUUAUUGUUAAAGUCCCACCACAUUUUGAGGUGCAACCUCGGGACCAAGAUGGAAUCUAUGGGAAAUCUGUUAUUCUGAACUGCUCGGCUAAAGGAAACCCGAUUCCUACAAUCGUGUGGAAACAUUCUAAAGGUGCGGGAGUUCCUCAGUUCCAGCCCAUCGCGCUGAACUCAGGAUCCCGUGUGCAGUUGCUUGAGAGAGGCUCACUGCUCAUCAAACACGUGCUGGAGGAGGACAGUGGCUACUACCUGUGCAAGGUCAGCAACGACGUGGGCGCUGACAUCAGCAAGAGCAUGUACCUCACCGUCAAAAUUCCUGCCAUGAUCACGUCCUAUCCUAACACCACUCGAGCAGAACAAGGUCACAUGACAGAGAUGAGUUGCACAGCGCAUGGUGAGAAGCCCAUCAAGGUGCGCUGGGAGAAGGAAUCCCACAUCAUCAACCACGACAUCAACCGCUGCUUGGUGAGCGUCAAGGAAGUGGCUGAUGAGGUCAUUUCCACCUUACAGAUCUUGCACACAGUUAGAGAGGAUUCUGGGUUUUAUUCCUGCAUUGCCAUUAACUCUUAUGGUGAAGACAAGGGAAUUAUUCAGCUUAUAGUACAAGAUCGUCCAGACCCUCCCGAAGUAGAAAUCAGAGAGGUGAAAGAUCGAACCAUUGCGCUUCGCUGGACAAUGGGAUUUGAUGGCAACAGUCCGAUCACCGGAUAUGACAUCAACUACAAGAACAAAUCAUCCUCCUGGGCAUUGUCCCAGACCACCAAAGAUGUCUCACCCCAGCUGAACCAGGCAACCAUCAUCGAGUUGCACCCUGCCUCCACCUAUAACAUCCGCAUGUUUGCUAAGAACCAGAUUGGAGAAAGCCGGCCCAGUAACGAGCUCACCAUCACUACAGACGAAGCCCCUCCUGAUGGUGCUCCCCAGGAAGUGCAGCUUGAAGCGAUAUCAUCCCAGAGCAUUAAAGUCACAUGGAAGGCUCCCCACAAGCACCUUCAGAAUGGUUUGAUCCGGAGCUAUCAGGUAUGCUAUAGGGAAUACGGUACAGGAGGAAGCCCCCAGUACAACACCAUCAAUCUGGACACAACAGGUGACAUUGAGACCCUCACUCUGGACAACCUGAAGAAGUACACACAGUAUGAGGUGCGCGUGCAGGCUUCCAAUCGUGCAGGAAUGGGGCCCACAUCUGAGGAGGCCAUCAUCACCACACUGGAAGAUGUUCCAAGCCGAUCGCCUGAAAAUGUUGUGACCACAGCCACAACUCCAGAGACCAUCUCUCUGUCCUGGGCUCCUCUCCCAAAAGAGGCACUGAAUGGCAUGCUUCUUGGCUACCGAGUAAUUUACUGGGCCAACUUACCAGAUGGAGAGUUGGGAGAGAUCAAGAACAUCACUACCACAAAGCCCUCUCUGGAGCUUGAAGGGUUGGAGAAAUACACCAACUACAGCAUCCAAGUGCUGGCCUUCACCCGGGCUGGGGACGGAGUUCGCAGUGAUCAGAUAUACACAAGGACCAAAGAGGACGUUCCAGGUCCUCCAGCUGGUGUGAAGGCUGCCGCUGCAUCUGCCUCGGUGGUGUUCGUCUCCUGGCUUCCUCCACUGAAGCUCAAUGGAAUCAUCCGGAAGUACACAGUCUUCUGCUCCAACCCUUAUCCUACGGUCAUCAGUGAGUUUGAGGCUGCACCUGAUGUGUAUUUCCGUCGUGUCACCAACCUGAACCAGAACUGGCAGUACAGUAUUUGGGUGGUGGCUGUGACUGCAGCUGGUCGAGGGAAUGCAAGUGAGAUCAUCACUGUGGAGCCGCAAGCUAAAGCUCCUGCUCGUAUUCUAACAUUCAGUGGCACGGUGACCACACCAUGGAUGAGGGACAUUGUCCUACCCUGCAGAGCUGUUGGAGACCCUCCUCCGACCAUCAAGUGGCUGAAGGGAACCAACGGGACACCCGCUCCUGUCUCUAUCGAUGGCCGGCGCAGUGUCCAUGGCAACGGCAGCUUUGUGAUCCGCACGGUGAAAGCUGAGGAUUCCGGGUACUACAGCUGCAUUGUCAGCAACAACUGGGGUUCGGAUGAAAUCACACUAAAUCUACAGGUUCAAGUACCUCCGGACCAGCCACGUCUCACCGUAACUAAAACCACCACCACAUCCAUCACUCUGUCCUGGAUUCCUGGAGACAACGGAGGAAGCUCCAUCAGAGGUUACAUUUUGCAGUACUCAGAGGAUAACAGCGAGGAAUGGGGAAGCUUCCCCAUCAGCCCCAGCGAACGAUCAUACCGGCUGGAGAAUAUGAAGUGUGGUACCUGGUACAAGUUUACCCUGACUGCGCAGAAUGCCGUGGGUCCGGGCCGCAUCAGUGAGAUCAUCGAGGCCAAAACCCAUGGCAAAGAGCCACAGUUUGCCAAAGACCAUGAGCUUUUCUCCAGCAUCAACUCAACACGUGUGGAGCUCAAUCUGAUUGGCUGGAAUAACGGUGGCUGCCCGAUCAGCUCAUUCACACUGGAGUUCCGGCCAGUGGACACUACACCAUGGACCACAAUGCAGCGCACCUCUUUACCCAAGAGCCACGUGCUGUAUGACCUACAGGAGGGCACGUGGUACGAGCUGCAGAUGAGAGUGGGCAACAGCGCGGGUACAGCUGAGAAGAGGGUGCUGUUCGCAACGUUGAAUGUGGACGGCAGCACUAUUGCUCCACUGCUGAAGAUUGUGGACCCCAGCCAGGAGAACAGGCAAGGCACUGAGGGCCUGAAGAUGAUGGUGACAAUCAUCUGCAUCCUGGUGGCCAUUGCGAUGGUUUUCAUUGUGCUGCUUGUUAUGAGGAGGAGGAGGAGGGAGCAGAGGCUCAAGAGAUUACGGGAUGCAAAAAGCUUGGCAGAAAUGCUUAUGAGUAAGAACACACGAACUCCGGAUGCUGUAAACAAGCAACAGCAAACCCUCCGAAUGCAUAUUGAUAUCCCACGGGCCCAACUGCUCAUUGAGGAGAGAGACACGAUGGAGACGAUAGAUGACCGAUCUACAGUGCUGUUGACAGAUAAUGAUUUUGGAGAGACAUCGAAGCAGAAGUCCUCCACAGUCACACACACGGUUCAUUACCAGUCACUAUCCCAGACAACUGGGCCACUGGUGGACGUGUCAGAUGCUCGACCUGGUACAAAUCCCACUGCCCGUCGUACAGCUAAAGCGGGCCCUGCGACACGGAGCCGCUAUGCCAGCCAAUGGACGUUAAACAGACCUCAUCAGCCCAUGUCCUCACACACACUCACUACCGAUUGGAGGUUGCCCACCCCACGUGCCACAGGCUCAGUGGACAAGGAAAGUGACAGCUACAGUGUCAGUCCCUCUCAGGACACAGACCGUGCUCGAAGCAGCAUGGUGUCCACAGAGAGUGCUUCCUCUACAUACGAGGAACUCGCCCGAGCGUAUGAGCACGCCAAGAUGGAAGAGCAGCUGCGCCAUGCCAAGUUCACCAUCACAGAGUGCUUCAUCUCUGACACAUCCUCUGAGCAGAUGACAGCAGGCACCAACGACUAUACAGACAGUAUGACAUCCAGCACGCCCUCUGAGUCGGGCAUCUGCCGCUUCACCGCCUCUCCACCGAAACCACAGGAUGCCAGCCGGGUCAUGAACAUGGCUGUGCCCAAAGCACACAGACCGGGGGGUGAACUGGUCCACCUGCCUCCUUACCUGCGCAUGGACUUCCUGCUGAACCGGGGAGCAGCUCAUUCGGGCCGGGAAGCCACAGGUCAGACGUGCCUGGAGCCACAGAGAAGUCGCACAGCAAAGCGGCCGGCCGUGUUAGCCCCAACGCCCUCCGAGACGCCUUCCACUGCACCUGCCUCCUCCGGCCCACCCAGCAGGGAAGCGGUGCAGCAGUGGCAGCCAGGCUCGGCCUCCACGCUGCCCCACCGCGAGCCAGGGGACCUCGCCCAGGCUGCCAAACUCAGCAGUUCCCAGGAAUCACUGUUAGACUCUAGAGGACACCUGAAACAGAGCAACAACCCAUACGCAAAGUCCUACACACUGGUAUAACACAGGACUUUAAACACAUGGACCAUUGGGCACAGCACCACACACACACAUUUACACACACACACACAUUUACACACACGCACACACACAAAUACACACCCACAUGCGCACAUGCAAAACACAUUUACAUGCUCACACACACAAGCACACAAACAUAAAAAAAGCUCUGCUGCAAAGAAGAGCACUUUUCAGAGACAUAGAUGAGCCCUGUAUAUACAUAUUUCAGAAUUCUAAAAGGCAAAAUUGAUGUUCUUUGCAUCUGUUUUUUCUUUUUCAUUACGUAUCACUCCCCUGAUAUAUUCCUUUUACUUUUGCACUCAGCGUUUCUCUCACCUUCUUUUCUUUCUCAUCCUUUUCUUUAGCUUGCAUUUUGGAAUCUUUAUCAUUAUUUUAAAUAACACCAUUAUGAAGAUUGCCAAAAUUAUUUAUUUAAAUUGACAGAGGUACUACUUUUGAAUUUAUAUCAAGGAUAAUUCUAUAGUCAUUAUUAUUAUUAUUAUAUAAAAUAGAUGAAAAAUAUCAAAAAAUUAAAAAAAGAAGGGUGCGGAACACUCAGUGGGAAAGUGUUCCAUUCUUUAUCCAUGAAUUUUUCUUUAUCUUUUUUUUUUUUUUUUAAUGUUGGGAUGUGAUCAAUGAAUGAUUAGCUUUUUACCAUGGCAUAAUGUUCAAAGAUUACAGAGGAAGCCGAACGAAUACAGUAAGAGUGAUAUGGACGGAUGACGUGCGUCUACUUUCUCUGAUCUCGUCAGAUGGUUGAGAUUUCGAAGGACUGCAUGGGGACCUGAAAUGUUGAGUAAAGUGUCGGCUCAAAAAAAAAAAAAUUCCAAAAGACAUUUUUAUUUGUCAUACUAAGGAAUUCUAUAAUAAUGUUCAUAUAAAUAUAAAGAGAUCACUUUUAUUUGUGGAUAAUCCAGGGAAAAUGGUUUGGUAAAUAAAGUCCUUAGUCAUGUUUGCACACAUCUGGUUUGAUUAGGCAAUCAAAAAUGGGUUCGCUUGUCUUUUUUUCCUCCUCCUUCUUCAGUUGUUUGUGAAACUGGUAUGAAUUCAGCCUGUUCAACACCAGCAGUGCAGGACAUUUUUGAAAAGGUGAAAAGAUUUCCUUGCAAAAUUGAAUGCUACUGUCUCUAUGUAGAUGGUAAGUAGGGGUGUAAUGAUACACAAAAUUCUAAUUCGCUAUGACACGAUGAGACAUAGUGGUGUUUCAAUACAAUACAUAAGUACAAUACACUCUAAAAAAUGCUGGGUUAUUUUUUCUACCCAAACUCUGGGUUGAGCCUUUUGGGACAUUUGAGUUAUUCUUCAGUCUUGGAUUGUUUUUGGGUAGUUUGGUGUAACCCAACCGCUGGGUUUGUGGCUGGGUCCUUUCCACUGACAGUUGAAUCAAUGUACCCCGACGCCUCAGCCCAGCUCCUUGGGUCAAAUCAACUAAGCACAGACUGUUUGAAUUCGCCUCAGGAAGUAGCGGUUUUCACACAGACAGACUGUUAGAUUUAUUUGGAGAAACAAGGUUCGUAUCUAUAUAUUUAUCCAUAAAACCAUUACUAGUGUGGAGAAAAAGCAAAAAUGUGUUACAACAAUCCAGUUUACAUGACAUUAAAUGCACCUCGUUAGCUUGGGCUUACUUGUUUGUAAUGUCCACUGGAUCGUAAGUUGGUUUUUUGGAUGUUUUAAACGUCUCCUUUGAUCAAAAUCUGACGUUUUCGCCUUAAAUAUAUUAAGUUUAUAAUUAUAUUUGAGUCAUUUACUUCAAAGUCUGUAUAUAAACACCACUUGAGCAGCUCUAUCAAUACAUUUCUGAACACCUUGGGUAUAA